AGAAGUUUACUCAUCAAAUGGUUUAAGAGCUAUUGAACACUUGACAUAACUGGGCCUCGUAUGAUUUUGAGACAUUUUGUCAGGUUUCAUUAAGUAAAUUGUGAAGAUGGUUAGGUUAGGUUAGGUUAAGAAAAUCUUUGAUUUUUCUUGUAGUCUCCGAGACUGACUGAGUCAAGAUUUUUUUCAUUUACAGUAUUCAUUGUAGAUAUUACACACAAGAGACUUCUUGAAAUAAUAAUAACUUCUGAGAUAGAAAUUGGUUGAUAUGAGGUCAGCAUCUGAGAGAAAUAUUAAUCAACAAAUGCUUAUUGGUCUUUUAUCAAAUGUCAAAGAAAAUAGUGUUGAAGCAGAUGUUGAGUGAGGAUUGUGCAACACUCAACAGAAACAGCAUUCAGCUACAAUGGCUUUGAUGCUGCCUCAGGACCACACCUUUGUUAAGGGCUAGUCUCUGAAUUCCUCUGACUCUUUUUUUGUCAGAUUGUAGACAUUUCAUUCUCCCCUGGCACAAGAUAACAUAGACAUGCCUCUUAUGCCUUAAAAAUGUGCUCCUAAUAAUUCAGGUAACCACAGUAUUUUAUGCCCUGGUAUUCAGUCUGCCGUUUGUUUGUCAUGUAUAAUUUUCUCAUGGUAUUAGGUAGAUUGUACAUUGUAUAUAUUUUUAGAAUACAUGUUAAUAUAUGUGUGUGUGUGUGUGUGUGUGUACUAUAUAGUGUAUACAUAUCAGGAAGUUUGGGAUGGGAAAGGAUAAAUUACUGAGGGUGUGGUUGAGUUCACAGCAGGCCUGUAUUAGCACGGACCCAGGCCCUCGAGUCUGGAGAAGUCCUCUGUCCCUCAGGGCUCUGUCACUCACAGCACGGGGAUAUCUUCGCCAUUUCAGUACGACAUGGGAAGUAGAGUCGGGACUAAUGAGGCUGAAUUAAACUAAUGGAGUUUUAGUUAUAAACAAUGAGCACAGACAGAAAAAAGGACCCUCCUCCCUAUGUCAUACCAGUGUCGGGAGGUGCUGGAGAAGAAGGGGAUGGUGUGAGGGUCUACCACGUGCACACACCUUUCACACCUGGAUCAAGUACAAUCCAGCCUUUCGGACAAUCUGAUGUUAAUGAAAGCCCCUACACAUCUGCCGUCCAGGCACAAAAUGUCAGCUCAAGUCAUGCUGCAGCACCAACAGACAAGGGAGUGAAGAGGUUUGUGAGUGAGGAUCACCAACUAGGCCACAACCCAGGGAUGACGACCUGCACAAGCUGUCAGCAGCAGGUGCUCACUGAGGUCUCGUACAAAGUCGGAACGUACGCUUGGAUCAUGUGCUUUGUCUUCAUUCUGUGCGGGCUCGUGCUCUGCUGCUGUCUGAUCCCCUUCUUCAUGAAGCACUUCAAAGACGCCUACCACACCUGCCCCAGGUGCAAACGCGUUCUCUACGUGGACAAGAAGAAAUGCUGUUCUUGACCUCCAUGUUGGCUCUGGGCCUCUUGGCAGCAGCAGCAUAGUGUCAUCGAGUCCUUUAGUUUACUGAGGGUCAAAAGAGACCUCCUGCUGCAGCUAGAGACAUUCUUUAAUAAUAGGUAAACUGAAGUUGGUUAUGGGUUAUGAAGGACUGUGACUCAUUCUUGAGUAGUCCACUGCAUCAGUGCCUCUGGUUAACCUUGUCUAGGGCAGGCUUGCCAUGUCUCUCACUGGGCAUGGAUGUCAACACAUACACUUAAUGACCUCUGAUGUGACAAUGCCAAAGACCUUGCUUAUACUGACAAAGUAGAAGCACUGUUUAGACUGCAGACUGUGCAAUAGCAAAACUGUAUUUUUAAGAUGUCUUAUAUAUUUACAUUAAAAGAUCAAUGUGCAUUUGGUAAUGUAUGAACUCUGAAGGAUGUUAACUUGAUUGGCAUGUCAUAUGUAUAUAAAUGUUUCCUGUAAGUCUUGUCAUUACAUGCAUGGCUUUACUGAAAGGUC